UGGAAAAAAAAAUAUUUUUGUAUUCACUGUCACAAAUUAGUGGUUAAGUUACCUCGCCAUAUAGAAACAAACCACAAAGAUCUCAAAGAAGUACAACUACUGAAAAAUACUCCAAAAGGUUCCUCUGAAAGAAAAAAACUAAUUGAGAUUUAUAGAGACAAUGGACGUGCUAUGCAUAACACUAAUCCUGACUAUAAUACCGGGAAGCUAUUAGUGAGCCGUCGACCAAAAUUACAGAAUAAACCUGCCACUGACUACACAACUUGUCUCAAGUGUCUCAAGACUGUAACUAAAGCCAACUCUUACAAGCACUAUGCCGUGUGUAUCCAAGCAAAAACAAAUGGAUCACGCGCUUAUAAAUUUCUUGGUCGCUAUGUUGAAGGGCGCAUCCAUGCCAAUGCCAGUGAUACUCUAAGCUUAGUAAUUUUCCCGGUGCUCCAAGAGGACGCGAUUGUUCAUUUAAUUAGAUAUGAUUGGCUGUUGACAUUAUAUGGCAAUAAAUUGUGUAUGAAAUAUACACCCCACUAUCAGCAUAAUAUGAUAAGAGCCAGACUUCGAUUGGUUGGUCGUCUAUUGUACGCAGCGAAGGAAAUAAAUCCACAGAUCGAAGACCUUGCAUCACUUUAUGCUCCAGAAUAUAUUGAUACAAUUGUCAAAGCUAUUGAAGUAGUUUCACGGAUAAAUAGAAUUGAAAAUGAAUGUGGCGCACCUUCUUCGGCUUUAAAUCUGGUGACCUAUUUAAAACACAUUAGAAAAAUUUAUGAAAGUGAACUGGCAAAAAAAAAUGACAAGGAAGGAUUAGACAGAGUACUCCGGUUCAAAAAAGUUUAUAAAAAUGAAAUGCCGGAUUCUAUUAAUAAGAUAGCAAUGGAAAACCAGAGUAAAAUAAAACGGCAAAAAAUCGUAAUAUUGCCAAUGACGGAAGAUAUAAAACGACUCAUUUGCUAUUUAAAAGUUGAACGUAAAAGAUGCUUUACGAUUUUAGAGCAUUCAUUUAACUUGGUAGAAUGGCUUAAUGGUUUGAAAGUCGUUGCCACUUAUCUUCUUGUAUUCAAUCGUAGGAGAGUAGGAGAUAUCCAGAACAUACUGAUAAGCGAUUUAAAACGUAUAGAAUGUAUUGAUAAAAAGACCGACGCUGAAGAAUUUAAUUUAUUGGACGAAAGUGGUAAAAAAAUAGCAAAGAAAUUUUUUAGAGUAGCUAUCAGAGGAAAAAAGAAUCGUACGGUUGCUGUUAUAGCAGAUGCAGAUGUAAUAAAGGAUAUUAAUCUAAUAAUUAGACAUCGAGUAAGAGCAAAUGUGCCUCAACGAAAUGAAUAUUUAUUCGGGUUACCUAAUAAUGUAGAUGAUCGGAUCAGAGUUGUGAAUAUUUGUAAAGAAAUGAGAUCUUUUUCUGUCGCUUGUGGUGCAGAAAAACCAGAGUUACUCCGUGGAACUGGUCUUCGUAAACACGUUGCUACAAAAUGUAUGAAGCUUGAUUUAAAUGAGAAGGCACUUGGCGAUGUUAUGAAUCAUAUGGGCCACUCUGAAAAAGUACAUCGGGAUAUUUAUCAACAACCAAUUAAGUCUAAGACGAUCGUUCAAGUUGCGAAAGUUUUGGAAGCGGUACAAGGUCCUCUUGACAUCGACGAAGAUGAUGAUGAAUUUAUUGACGAAUUGAGUGACUAUAUUGUUAUUCCAAGUGAAACAUCGGAAAAAGAAGUCGAUAAAGAUUCUAAUGAAUCAUUAGUUGAUGUCCUAUCCUGUUCACACAGUGUAAGAAAGGAUGACGAAGAGAAUGAUUUACAUGAUUCGGAUUCUUUGUCUGAUGCAGAUUUGCAGAUUAAUAAAAAUCAUAGUCUUAGUGAUGUUGAAAUGAUUAGUUCAAUCAAUGAAUUGAAAAAACCUAAGAAGAUUAAAAAAGAACCUCCAGAAUUGAUGGGAAAAGCUAAAAAAAGGCGCUGGCCCAAAACGGAACAAGAUAUUAUGUUCUCUGCGUUCGGGCACCAUGUACAAGAUGGAACUUUUCCAUCAUUGGAAGAUAUAGAUGAACUACAAGAAAAACAUGCUUGUUUGAGAGAUCGAUCGAGAAAGUCACUUAAGACGUGGGUGUUAAAUCAACGAAAAGCUCUAUCAAAACCAAAAACCAGUAAAAUAAUAGUAGUUAACAAUCAAGCCGUGAGUUAUAAUUUGACGAAAAUUGUUAAACAAGAUUUUGAUCCACCGCAACUUGCUUGAAUUUUUUUCGCAAGCUUGAUUUGUUUCAAUUUGAUUGAAACAAAAAAACAAAAACAAAGACAGUUAUUAAUAACAUUAUUUCUUAUAACCAUU